UUCAAGAUUUAGAAUUAUUUGAAGUCGUGUCUAUAAAUAUAUAUAGUCUAAGUUCAUCAUUUUUAUUAAUUUAGAACAAAUAAGAACAACGCGAAUGUAAAAUAACUCUGUCAUUUCUUUGUUCAAUGGAACAUCAUUUUCGUUCAUCGUUGCUAUUUUCUAAUGUCAUUGAUAGCUAUUUUAUUCUGAUAUCUGGCAAUUGUUAUAUUUUGUAAUAUUUGAGUAAAUUCUAUCUGGUAUUAAAUUUUGCUAUGUACUUACCUUACUUUUUUGUUUAAUGUGACAAAUUUUGGUACUUUUAUUUAUAUAAGAGUAUCGGUUUAAAAAAGUUGUUAACUUAUCAAAAUAUUGUGUAUAUUUACAUAAAUAUAAUAUAAUCUUUAUUAAAAGUUAUUAAUUAACAGUAAAUAACUUGCAUUAUACAUAUUUGUUUUAUAUGAAGAUUUUAAUAUGACAUGAUGGUUUUAUAAUCGUUAUUAUUGAAUUAAAAUCAAUUAUCAAGAUGACAUCGCCUGCAGUUUCAAAGGUUUCAGUUGUACCUUCCAUACAAGAAUUUAGUAUCAGAGUACCAAAAAAUAAUAAAAAAAAACACAAUGUGAUGCGUUUUAAUGCAACAUUAAAUGUUGAUUUUUCAAAAUGGACUCAAGUGAAAAUGGAACGUGAAAAUAAUAUGAAGGAAUAUAAAGGAAUAGAAGAGGAAAUGCCAAAAUUUGGAGCUGGAUCUGAAUUUGGACGAGAUGCAAGAGAAGAAGCAAGAAGAAAAAAAUUUGGUAUUACAAGCAGAAAAUACAAGCCAGAAGAUCAACCUUGGAUUUUAAAAUCUGGAGGAAAAACUGGAAAAAAAUUUAAAGGCAUAAGGGAAGGUGGUGUGAGUGAAAAUGCUGCAUAUUAUGUUUUUACACAUGCUGCUGAUGGAGCUAUAGAAGCUUUUCCAUUGCAUGAAUGGUAUAAUUUUCAACCAAUUCAGAGAUACAAAGCUUUGAGUGCAGAAGAAGCAGAGCAAGAAUUUAGUCGUAGAAAUAAAGUAAUGAAUUAUUUUUCAUUAAUGUUACGAAAAAGACUUAGAAAUGAUGAAGAAGGUGCAGAUGAUGAAGAAAUAAUAGAAGGUGGGAAGGGUAAAAAGCCGAGUAAGAAAGAGAAAGAUUUAAAAAUAUCUGAAAUGGAUGAGUGGAUGGAUAGCGACGAUGAUGAUUCUCUUAGUGAUGAUAAUGAAAGUAAAAAAAAUUCUGAUGAAGAAGAUGAUACUAAGAAGAAAAAGAAAGGCAAAGUUGAUAUUAAGAAAAAGAAGAAGAAAAAUGCUUCAGAUGAUGAAGCAUUUGAAGAGAGUGAUGAUGGGGAUGAAGAAGGUCGAGAAUGUGAUUAUAUUUCUGAUUCAUCAGAUUCUGAAUCAGAAUUGGAACAACAAAAAGAGAUUAAAUCAGUUGCAGAAGAAGAUGCAUUAAGAAAAUUGCUUGCUUCUGAUGAAGAUGACGAAGAUGAUGAAGAACAAACGGAUAAAAAAGAUGGUGAUGAUGAAAAAGAUGAUGAUGAUGAACAUAAAGAUAAAGAUGAGAAGGAUAAAGAUAAGAUUAAUAAAGAUACAGAUAAAAAAAGAGAUAAAAAGAAAAAGAAAAAACAAUCUAAGAAAAAGGAUUUAAAAAAACUUACAUCAGGAAAAGAUUCUUCUAGUGAUUUUUCUAGUGAUUCAGAUUCAGAAUCUGAUACAGUAAAAGAAAAAGAUAAUAAAAGAUCUAAUAGUGCACAUAGCUCAAGAUCUGCAACACCUACACCUGCUGGAAUAUCAGAUUCUUUAAAAAGAAAACAAUCAGGAUCUCCAGAUUUAUCACAAGCGAAAAAAUUAAAAUUGGAUAAUUUUAAUUUAGUGCCAGUAAAUUCUUAUAUUCCAGGAAUUAGUGAAUCUGGAAUUACAGAAGAUGCAGUACGACGAUAUCUUAUGCGUAAACCAAUGACAACAACGGAACUUUUACAAAAGUUCAAAUCGAAAAAAACUGGUCUUACUUCUGAGCAGUUAGUUAAUGUAAUGACUCAAAUUUUGAAAAAAAUUAAUCCAACCAAACAGACAAUAAAAAAUAAAAUGUACUUAUCUAUUAAAACACAAUCUAAUUGAUAUUUUUUAAUAUUUUUAUAUUAGUAAAAUAAUUUAUAGUAUAAUUUCUAUUUUAAAUCUUAAUAUCUUAUUUAUUUUAUGUCAUAUGUAAAGAUAAUACUUUGUAUAAGAAUAAAAUAUAUGGAAUAAAAA